ACUGUAGUUGGUAUUAUAGUCAUUUCCCCUUUGUCUCCCCAGACUGCAAGCAAUUUCAGAGUCGUGAUGAACAUUGAAGUUAAAAAUGUUUCUUAUACCCAAGCAACUAUCUCCUGGUCCAUGCUGGAGCCCUGUCUGGAGAACAAUUACCAUGUCAUGUAUAGGCCCAACUGGAACAGCAUCUUCUCAGGCUACCUGCGCCACCCCUUUCACCAUGAAGAAAGAGUACCUCAAACCCUCAGCUCCCUGGUCCUUCGCCAACUUGCUCCGGCCACGCUCUACUUUCUGUGCAUCACCUGCAAGAAUUCCUACCCCUCUGGCAACCACUGUACUAUGUUCCACACCCUGGAUAAAAGCUCCAAAGCUACUCAUGGCUCCCAGCUGGAUCCUGGCGUAUCUCUCUGGGUGGUCACAGCUCUUCUCCUUGCCUGCUUCAUGGCCAUCUUAGCCUUCUUCUGUCUCCAGUUCUGGUGUCUGAGGUGCCAUGAGCCACGGUGGACAUACCGUUCAAGCCAGCAGGAGGAAGUUGAUGAGUUGGUGAGGUGGGCCGAGGGCGCUCUGGGCCUUGGGCGGAGGGAGGAAGGCCUACAGGAGUUCCCCAUGACAGCACUACUGACCAAGAGUUCUAGCACCAUACCUGAGAGCUCCCAUAGCUCUCCCUCUGCCUGCUUCUCCCACAAGGGGACUCAUGAUCAAGCUGUUAUAUUUCCUCAUUGUGGCUAUUAA